GGCCCUGCGGUGGCGGCCGAGCCUUGUGCCGCCGCCAUAUUGUCUGUGUGAGGCCGGUGAGGCGGGUGGACGGCGGGGCGCCCGGCGGCUGGUCAGUGAAGGGAAAAACAAACAUCCAGAUUCCCAUCUGAGGCAAUCCUGGGAUCGAUCCGGAAUCCGGAAGAGGCGUGAAGGCCAGAUCCGUAGCCCAGCUCCACCUGCCAGCCUGUCCAACAUGUCGGGGCCUGUGCCGAGCAGGGCCAGAGUUUACACAGAUGUAAAUACACACAGACCACGGGAGUACUGGGAUUACGAGUCGCACGUGGUGGAGUGGGGGAAUCAAGACGAUUAUCAGCUAGUUCGAAAGUUAGGCCGGGGCAAAUACAGCGAAGUCUUCGAAGCCAUCAACAUCACAAAUAAUGAAAAAGUAGUCGUUAAAAUUCUGAAGCCGGUGAAAAAGAAGAAAAUUAAACGAGAAAUCAAAAUCCUGGAGAACUUGCGAGGCGGCCCCAACAUCAUCACCCUUGCCGAUAUAGUAAAGGAUCCAGUGUCACGUACCCCUGCGUUGGUGUUUGAGCAUGUGAACAACACAGAUUUUAAGCAAUUAUACCAGACGUUAACGGACUAUGACAUUCGGUUCUACAUGUAUGAAAUCUUGAAGGCCCUGGAUUAUUGCCACAGUAUGGGCAUCAUGCACAGAGACGUCAAACCUCACAACGUCAUGAUCGACCACGAGCAUCGAAAGCUGAGGCUAAUAGAUUGGGGUUUGGCUGAAUUCUACCAUCCGGGUCAGGAAUAUAACGUCCGAGUGGCUUCCAGAUACUUCAAAGGGCCCGAACUCCUUGUAGAUUAUCAGAUGUACGACUACAGCCUGGACAUGUGGAGUUUAGGGUGCAUGCUCGCCAGCAUGAUCUUCCGAAAGGAGCCCUUUUUCCACGGUCACGACAAUUACGAUCAGUUGGUGAGAAUAGCCAAAGUCUUGGGAACAGAAGACCUAUACGACUAUAUUGACAAAUACAACAUUGAGCUGGACCCCCGUUUCAAUGACAUCCUGGGCAGGCACUCACGGAAACGAUGGGAACGUUUCGUCCACAGUGAGAACCAGCACUUGGUCAGCCCCGAAGCCUUAGAUUUCUUGGACAAGUUGUUGCGAUACGAUCACCAGUCCAGACUGACCGCCAGAGAAGCCAUGGAGCACCCUUACUUCUACCCAAUUGUGAAGGACCAGGCUCGGAUGAAUUCGGCCAGCCUUCCAGGGAGCAGCACACCUGUGAGCAGCGCUGGGAUGCUGUCAGGAAUUUCUUCCGUGGCAACGUCUUCCCCCCUCGGACCUCUAGCCGGCUCGCCCGUGAUUGCCGCUGCCAACCCGCUGGGAAUGCCAGUACCUGCUGCCGCAGGGGCUCAGCAAUAAAGGACCCCCAAACCCCCACCCCACCUCCCAGACGCCGGACUGGAGCCACCCAAGCGCUGAGGGUCCUCCUCCACUCACACCCUCCACCCUCCACAGCCUCUUGUAGCCAAUGUGGGGAAGGGGGGAGGAAGGAAAGAGAGACAGGAGGAGCCAUGUUGGAACUGUUGCUUGUGGAUCGAUUGUCGUUCUGUCACAUCAUCCAUAUGUAUCUCUCUCUCUCUCUCCCCCCACCCCCCGGAUAUAUA